UCUUUUACCCCGGAAGAAGACUGAGACGAACAGGAAGUAGGGAAAUACUCUGAUCCCUGUUGCACAGUCUCUAUAUAGUGCUCUUCCUUCUCUUCCCCUGCUGUGGGGUACAGCAUUCCUGCUUCUCUCUUUUCUACCUGCAGAUUUCGUGCAGUGGCAGUACCAAUAUGUCGCGACGGCGGCACAGCGAAGAGAGUGAUGGGCAACCUCACAAAAGGAGGAGAACAUCUGAGCCGUCUGAAAUCGAGGAGAGACUUGAAUCUUUAAUAUGCAGGGUGGGAGAAAAGAGUACUUCCUCUUUGGAGAGCAACUUGGAGGGCCUAGCUGGUGUCUUGGAAGCUGAUCUACCAAACUAUAAAAGCAAGAUUUUAAGAAUUCUUUGUACUGUUGCACGUCUAUUACCAGAAAAGCUUACCAUUUACACAACGUUAGUUGGGUUGCUGAAUGCCAGGAACUACAACUUUGGUGGGGAAUUUGUAGAAGCCAUGAUCCGUCAGCUCAAAGAAUGUUUGAAAGUGAAUAUGUAUAAUGAAGCUGAGUAUUUAGUUCGUUUUCUAUCUGAUCUUGUGAAUUGUCAUGUAAUAGCUGCACCUUCGAUGGUAGCCAUGUUUGAGAACUUUGUGAGUGUGACACAGGAGGAAGAUGUACCCCAAGUACGAUGUGAUUGGUAUGUGUUUGCAUUUCUGUCAUCUUUGCCUUGGGUUGGAAAGGAGUUGUAUGAGAAGAAGGAUGCUGAAAUAGAUCGCCUCUUGUCCCACACAGAAAGCUAUCUGAACAGGCGCCGCCAGAAGAUUCAUAUACCCAUGUUACAAGUUUGGACUGCUGAUAAACCACAUCCACAAGAAGAGUACUUGGACUGCCUUUGGGCCCAGAUUCAGAAGUUGAAAAAAGAUCGUUGGCAAGAAAGACACAUUCUGAGGCCCUACCUUGCCUUUGACAGCAUUCUUUGCGAAGCAUUGCAGCAUAACCUGCCUCCGUUCACUCCUCCACCUCACACUGAAGGUUCAGUGUACCCAAUGCCAAGGGUUAUUUUUAGGAUGUUUGACUACACGGAUGACCCAGAGGGCCCUGUCAUGCCUGGCAGUCAUUCUGUUGAAAGAUUUGUAAUAGAAGAAAAUCUCCACUGCAUCAUCAAAUCCCACUGGAAAGAAAGAAAGACUUGUGCUGCACAGUUGUUGAGCUAUCCAGGAAAUAAUAAGAUCCCCUUGAACUACCACAUAGUAGAGGUAAUAUUUGCAGAACUGUUCCAGCUUCCAUCUCCACCACAUAUUGAGGUCAUGUACACAGCACUCCUCAUUGAGCUGUGCAAGCUCCAGCCUGGCUCUUUACCACAAGUUCUUGCACAAGCCACAGAAAUGCUUUACAUGCGCUUGGAUACAAUGAAUACUACAUGUAUAGACCGGUUUAUUAACUGGUUUUCUCACCACCUGAGUAACUUUCAGUUUCGUUGGAGCUGGGAAGAUUGGUCAGACUGUCUUACUCAGGACCUUGAGAAGCCCAAAUCCAAAUUUGUGAGAGAGGUUUUGGAAAAAUGCAUGAGGCUUUCCUACCAUCAGCGAAUAAUAGACAUUGUUCCUCCGAGCUUUUCUGUCCUCAGUCCUGCAAAUCCAGUGUGUAUUUACAAAUAUGGAGACGAAAGCAAUAGGUCUCUUCCUGGGUAUACUGUAGCACUCUGUUUAACGAUUGCAAUUAAAAAUAAGGCCAGUAAUGAUGAAAUCUUCAACAUUUUAAAAGAUGUGCCUAAUCCAAACCAGGAUGAUGAUGAUGAUGAAGGCUUCACCUUCAAUCCUUUGAAAAUAGAAGUUUUUGUACAGACUCUGCUCCAUCUGGCUGCGAAGUCUUUCAGCCACUCCUUCAGUGCUCUGGCUAAGUUUCAUGAAAUCUUCAAAGCACUUGCUGAAAGCGAUGAGGGGAAACUCCAUGUCCUGAGAGUUGUAUAUGAGGUUUGGAAGAAUCACCCACAGAUGAUUGCUGUGCUUGUGGACAAGAUGAUUCGAACACAGAUUGUUGAUUGUGCUGCAGUAGCCAACUGGAUCUUCUCUUCAGAACUUGCACAUGAUUUUACUAGGUUCUAUGUCUGGGAAAUCUUACAUUCCACAAUUCGUAAAAUGAACAAGCAUGUACUGAAGAUUCACAGAGAACUGGAGGAGACUAAGGCAAGAUUGGCAAGACAGCAUAAAAGACGAGACAGUGAUGACGAUGACGAUGACGAUGACCGAAGUAGUGAUAGGGAAGAUGGACCGCUAGAAGAGCAGAUAGAACGCUUGCAGGAGAAAGUAGAGUCAGCCCAGAGUGAACAGAAGAAUCUCUUCCUUGUUAUAUUCCAGCGUUUCAUUAUGUUGUUAACUGAGCACUUAGUGCGCUGUGAAACUGGUGGGAUUGAUGUAUUUACGCCUUGGUACAAGAGCUGUAUAGAGAGGUUGCAGCAAAUCUUCCUACAGCAUCACCAGAUAAUUCAGCAGUACAUGGUGACCCUGGAGAACCUCUUGUUUACAGCUGAACUGGACCAUCACAUACUGGCUGUGUUUCAGCAAUUUUGCGCUCUCCAGGCCUGAGGAUUUUUCACAUGUGCAGUCUUGUCUGCAGAACUUAAACCUUUUUUUUUUUAAAUGAGGAAAGCUUGAUAUGGAGAAAGAGGAAACUUCUAAAUUCAGAACAGCUUUCAUGUGUUCCUAUAUAAAACAAUUCAGUUCUCUAAUCAAUAGUAACUGUUUUAGCAUUAGAAGUCUUACUAGUUACGACUGAUAGAACAUUGGCGUGGAAUAAUGUAUGAACUCUUUUAAUUUGUCCUUUAAUUUGGUUUGAAUCUUUACUUCAUGACAGCAUUUUUUGCUUCUUCCCUCUGUCAUUUAUAUGAAAAUAACAAAUAGGCCAAAUAAUUAUAAAUUGGUUACUUCUGCCUGUUUGUUAAAGCAAAUGAAUUGCAGAAAUGUGAAACGGGGCAUAAUGUUCUGUGGAUGUGGCAGAAAUGUACCUCUUCAGUGAGCAAUUUGAUAAGAUCUUGGUAGUAUGGCACAAGAAAAGCAUCUUAAUUUUGGGCGUGUGAAACACUGAGUCAAGAUCUUUCAAAAUAGUCUAGAGCAUGUGGGUUUGUCUACCAAACUGACUAGAUUAUCACAAUUUGAAAGAACAUGGUUGAAAUAUAAUUGAAAUGCGUUUUUAAAUGUAUUGUAUGGUGUAUUAUUAUAGUAACUGCAAACAGCCAGUAGAGGAAUUUCAUGAAUAAUUUUUGAAGACUGAUUCUUUUCCUACCGUAUCUGAAAAACCAUGAUUAGCCCCAGCAAUGGUCCCAACUGGUGUAAGUAAGUGAGAUCAACCAGAAGCAAUCUGUCCUGAAUGGGGCAGAAUUUCCACUUCAGUACUGCACAGCAGUAUGUAAACUUUGGCACAUGCAUACACACCCAUUACAAAUGUAGGAGAGUGUUUAUCCUGUUACUUCAUUUUAGCUUGCAACUCCUUGGGCUGCUGAGCUUGCACUGGAUUGGACCUAUGGUCAGCAAAGAUGCUAAAACUUUAUCUGAUGUUGAUUGUGGAUAAAUGAAGUGUCCAUCUCCUGCGGCUCAGUAACAACUUCUCAAUGUCAGUUGAAUCUGCUUGCCUUUCGCUUGCUUUUUAAUCUUUAAAAUGUGAAGGCAGUGUGUGGGUUCUACACUUUCAGAUAGCACUUUAGAGCUGAAUUAGGUGGGACUUUGCAGCAAACUUAGAUUAGGGACAUGCAGAACCUGGAAAUGGAGUAGCCUUAUCUUUUGAUAUUGUUUAAUAAGUUUGAGUUAUGCAAAUAACAUUACUUGCAUAAGCUCUAAAGUGGUUGGUAUCAGGGCAAGCAAUAAGAAAGGCAGGGUGGAGGCAUUGUGCUCAGUUCUCUGCAGUAAUGCUGGUAUAUUUACAAGCUGUUUACAGUCUUUGUUUGACAGGUAAGUGUUUCAGAAACUUCAUACCUAGUGCUAUUCAGUAUUUAACCUAGAAAAUGGUGAGCUUUGAAGGAUUUUGUUCUACAGUUUUGUUUUUGUGUGGUUUUUUUUCCUCACAGGUGUGUACCAAGUAAUACACAAUCACUUUCAUUCCUACAUUAAUCAAUUGGCCUGACACUCAAGUGCAGAAAGUACAAAAUGAAUUAUUUGAGCAUAGAUGUAAAGCUCUUGUGUGGUCUGCAGUGACCAAGCACAUCCUGAGAGUCUUGAAUCUGCUACUUCUUUCUUUACCUGUUCUGAGUGACUUGACCAAUUCCUCCAUUCUUCCAGAGUCAACCUUUACUGUGUUUGUAAAUUUGUUUUAUACAAGGUUUUUAUCAGUCAUGCAGACAUUUGCUUCAGAUUUUUCUGUUAAUGUUCUUGAGUAGUCAGCUACCCUAUUUUUCUUUAGAAGCAUUUUGUACUGUACAGAGGUGUGAAUUGGGAUCAUAGCCUUUGAUUUACAGUGGGCCUGACCAAUAAGGGGCUUUCUCACUUUUUCAUUAAUGGAGGGGAUCUCAUUGAGUUUAAACUCAAUUUCUGUAAAACUGAGAAUGCAAUGAAACUUACAGAUGUGUAACUUCUCAGAGCCUUUCAUCUAGUAGACAAAUGAUGCUGCUGGGGAUAUAGCAGCAAAUAAACGAGCACGGACAGCAUAGUCCUAAUCACAUGAUUUUAAAACCAAAUUACAGUGCCUUUAAAAAAAAAAAAAAGUUUUUACUUCCAUGAUGAUGAUCAUGGGCUUUAAUUAGGGCACUUUCCAGUAGGGUUAGGAAACCUCUUUAUAGGUACAGUGGCAUACACCUAACCUGGUUGGGGAACCAGAUGGAGUCUGCAGAGAAGAGAACAGAGAUGUUUACGCAGUGAUACAAGCAGCCUGGUAACCAGCCAGACAAACUUGGAACUGUUGCAGCAUGGGGUGUUGGAUAGUGUAAAGAUACUGGAAAAAAUGUGGUGUGAUUGUCUGUAAUAGUGCAUUUUCUCCAGGAAAUAAAAGAAGGUGAAGCAGGAUACCA